UGGGACGGUCCCCAAUACCACAUCGCCCCCCCUUGGGCGUUCUACCUGCAGACGGCCUUCAUGGGGUUCGUGUUCCUGGUGGGGACCCCCCUGAACGCCAUCGUCCUCGUUGUUACCGUCAAGUACAAGAAGCUGCGGCAGCCGCUCAACUACAUCCUGGUGAACAUCUCCUUCAGCGGCUUCAUCUUCUGCACCUUCAGCGUCUUCACUGUCUUCGUCUCCAGCUCCCAGGGCUACUUCGUCUUCGGCAAGCACGUCUGUGCUAUGGAGGCCUUCGUGGGGGCCACCGCAGGGCUGGUGACGGGGUGGUCCCUGGCGUUCCUGGCGUUCGAGCGCUACAUCGUCAUCUGCAAACCCUUCGGGAACUUCCGCUUCAACUCCAAGCAUGCCAUCAUGGUGGUGGUGGCCACCUGGGUCAUCGGCGUGGGCGUGGCCGUGCCCCCCUUCUUCGGCUGGAGCAG